AUGGCGCUUCCCAAGCGUAUCGUGAAGGAGACGGAGCGCCUGAUGGCCGAGCCGGUCCCCGGCAUCAGCGCGGUUCCGCACGAGGACAACCUCCGCUACUUUGAUGUGACCGUUCACGGUCCCUCGCAGUCGCCCUACGAAGGCGGCGUCUUCAAGCUCGAGCUAUUCCUUCCUGACGACUACCCCAUGACCCCGCCGAAGGUGCGCUUCCUGACCAAAAUCUACCACCCCAAUAUCGACAAGCUGGGCCGUAUCUGCCUUGACGUGCUGAAGAGCAACUGGUCUCCGGCUCUUCAGAUCCGAACCAUCCUGCUUUCUAUUCAAGCCCUGCUUGGUGCGCCCAACCCUGACGAUCCGCUUGCCAACGACGUUGCCCAGCGCUGGAAGGAGGACCAGAACGCUGCCAUCGCCACUGCCCGCGAAUGGACCGAGACUUAUGCCAAGGCCCCGCAAUGA